AUGGGUGUCUCUGAGUCUUCAUAUCCAAAGAUGAAUCAUCUCACUAUUUGUGUGUUAGUUAUUGCUAUCUGUUUUUGUUUUAAAGAGGGUUAUGGUGGAUGCAAUCCAAACUUUUUAAUAGUUAGAAACCAACUUGGACCUGAUACUAUACUCCAGGUCAAAUGCUGGACCAACAGAGACGAAAAAACAGUUCAAUCUUCUCCUGUAGAAUUCAAUAAAGUAUACAGCACUCGGGUUCAGGAGGAAGGGAGAAAAAGAAUUGUUUGGAAAUGUGAACUAAGGGAUCCGAAGAAUAAGGGUUAUAUGAUGAUAUGGCACGCAUAUAGAGGAGCCAACUUUGCUCGAUGUGGUCAGACACGCGAAUAUAUUGUUGAUCUUACAGGUGCUACCUUAGUGCAUAAUAAGAAACGGACCAACGAAGUUCAUCGCUGGACGAAAGGUUGA